AUGGUCACAGUUGCUGUCAAGCUGAAUGAUGAAUCUGGCCACCUAGGCUUCUCCCAAAGGGUGAGGCUGAACUGGGGAAGGCAGUACACAAUAGUAUCUGCCUUUUUUUGUCCACAGUGGGAUGAUUUCAUGGAACUUGACAACAGCGUUCCUGACACGCAGCUGGAUCAGAUCAUCAAGAGCCAGAAAGUGAAUCAGUGUGCAGUACUCAUCUACACUUCCGGGACUGUGGGCGACCCCAAGGCCGUGAUGCUUAGUCAUGACAAUGUAAGUCACGUGGACAGCUGGGGCUGUGGUGCAGGCUGUAGGGCUCCCUGGAUCCCCAUGAAGAUUGGGGGGCUCACGCACUUUGCACAGCCAGACGUGCUCAAGGGCACCUUGAUAAGCACUCUGAAGGAGGUAAGGCCAACCACUUUCCUUGGGGUGCCCCAAAUUUGGGAGAAGUUGCAGGAGACCAUAAAGGGAAAUGUUACCAAGUUCUCAAGCUUCAAGAAGAAGAUAUCCUGGGCCAAAAUGAUUGGUUUAAAGGUCCACACAAGGCAGAUGUUGGGGAGAGCUGACACUUCCAUGAACUACCACAUGGCUAAGAAACUUGUGUUCCGCAAAAUCAAGAGGUCCCUGGGCCUCAAUUACUGCCACUGGUUCUUGAGCUGGGCCGCGCCCCUGUCCCAUGAGACCUCUGAGUUCUUUCUGAGCUUGGACAUCCCCAUCGGCGAGACCUAUGGCAUGAGCGAGAGCUCGGGACCCCACAGCGUCUCCAGCUGCAGUAACUACAGGGUUCUCAGGUAUGAGCCUCCAUCUCCCUGCACCUGCACCUUGCAUCUUCCCGGGCCUCUUCUGGCUUCCUCCCCUGCUCAGCUCACCCCAGGCUUCGGGGAUAGCCGCGGUGAUACCAGAACCAUUGACAUCCCAAAGGCAACUUCAGUUCUGAGGCAGAGCCAUGUUCAUUCACAGAAUCUUCUACCCGGUCUCUCUCUCCCUGGUCCACCCCCGUCACCAUACGUCAUUACCUCUGGUUCCCUGGGUGCUCGAGAGGGGGCAGCUGAGCAGUGCACUAGGAGUCCGGGCCACAGACCCAGGCAGACCUGGGUGGGAGACCUUGUCUCUGAGUCUCGGUUCCCCCACGCCUGUCCCCCCUGCAAGAACCUGCUGCUGCAGGAGGACGAGGCCAGCAACGGGGAGGUGUGCAUGUGGGGCCGGCACAUCUUCAUGGGCUGCCUGGAAAGGGAAGACGCCACCAUGGAGGCGGUGGACAAGGAAGGCUGGCUGCACACUGGGGACCUGGGCCGUGUGGACGGCCAGGGUUUCCUCUGCAUCACCGGCCGCAUCAAAGAACACCCCAUCACCGCCAGCGGGGAAAACGUGGCCCCCGUUCCCAUCGAGGCCCUGGUGAAGAUGAUCCCCACCGUCAGUAACGCGGUGCUGGUCGGCGACAAGGCCAGGUUCCCGAGCAUGCUCCUGAGGCUGAAGUGCCACACGAACCAGAUGAGUGGGGAGCCCCUGGACAAGCUGACCUUGACGGCCAUCGACUUCUGCCGGGCCCUGGGCAGCCAAGUGUCCACCGUGUCAGAGAUCCUGAACUCACAAGACCUGCCUGUCUAUGCCGGCACCCAGCAAGGCAUAGAUGCUGUGAACCAGGAGGCUGCUUCCAAUGCCCAGAGGAUCCGCAAGUGGGCCAUCCUGGAGGAGGACUUUUCUGUCAGAGGAGGGGAACUAGGUCCAACAACAAAAAUGAGAAGAUAUUUCACAACCCAGAAAUACAAAUCUCAGAUCAAAAGUUUCUACCUCUGACGGUUUCAGCAGAGCUGCUCCUUGCGUCUCCAACAGGAAAACCCCAGUGUAGCAGGUGGGAGUCAUCCUCCUGCUAGUGAGAAGCUGGAUCUGACUCUCCAUCUGUCAGUUUCUUUGUUGGUCACCUACUGAAGAGAUGCCCCUAGUCAACCCUGCCAUACUUUUAAGAGCAAGGACUUGAGACAUUAGAAAGAAACAACCCUCACAAGAUUGAAGAACUGGAUCCCCAAACUUACUUGCCUGCCUGGACACAACUUGGGAAGCCUUCCAGCUCCUGCCUCCCGUCCAAGCCUUCCCUAACCACCCCAUGACUAGGUGGGAAUCCUCCUCCUCCUGGCCAGUCACCUCCUACUCUUCACAUGCUGGACCGCUAUUAGGGUGACUAUCUGUCACCUGCAAACUGGAUGUCCCUGUGGCGGUGAGACAGGAAGCAAAGGCACUAUGGAUAACAUGCCCUCGGAUGGGAGUCAGAGCUCAUCAAAAGGCAGCGUUCUGCACUCAGAGAACCAGAGGUCGGGCAUCCCUGGGUCCCUGGGUGGGAGAACCCUCGAGACUGGGGCAGAGUGGGCUCAGCCAUUGCUGGAACCCUUGAGGUACCACUGUCCCUUCAGGGCAGGUCGUCCGGGAGAGGGCAGACGGGAGGGAACGUGUCCCUCUGCGUGGCCGGGAUCUGGGGACAUGGGUUGCAGGUGAGCAGCGUUGCCAGAGGCGUCUGGGCCCUGCGGUUCCGUGCCUGAACUCUGCUUGCUGGAGGUGACUCCUGAUCGCCUCUCCCAGGGCAACGCGUCUGUCACCUGUCCCUGUUCUCUGCACUUCCCUGCGCGUCUCCAUCUUCCCCCUUUGUCACCUGCUUCCUCUCGCUCUCCGACCCCAGGUCUCUCCCUGUCCCCACCAGGGCCACCCCUCUGUGCCCCUCUCCCCGUCCCUGUCUCGUUCCAGUCCCCCCCCACCAUGGGUCCCGGUAGGCGCUGAUCCCCACCCCCACCCCGGCAGCUACUGGACCACAGAGCGAGCCGGCGAGGUGAGGCUAUGGCUGGGCAGGAACUCGAGUGACCAGGAGACGCCGCUCACCGUGCACGACAUGGUCAUGCACUUGGCCGUAAAGUACGCCAACUACAUCGCGCUCGGCACCAAGCGCAGGAACCACUGGCACCUGCUCACCUACGGC